AUGGAUUGGUUUUGGGAGGCCAAUUCUUUGAAUCCGCAUCACGAGACCACGAAUACUUGCGAUAUGAUACUCGAAGAUGAAAUAAUACUAGAUCAACCUUCACGAUGGCAUUUUGGAAAGGAUGGUAGCGGUGAUAUCAGAAAGUGGGGUGAUGAGUAUCUUUCAUCAUUGGUUGGUUCUGGACGUUAUUAUUUGGUCACUGCUGAUGGGAGUUUCUAUACACAGGUAAAAGACAUGUUAGGCCAACAAGAGCAAAAAACUUUGCCUCUUCUGGAGACGGAAUUCAAGAUUGCUCUCGAGCUUCUCGCCAGUGGAGGAUCGCUUGUUAUUAAGGUUUAUACGUUUUUUAUGGCCGAAACACGUAGUCUUAUAAGAAAAGUUGCCUCCUAUUUUGAUAACGUCUUUGUUUUCAAGCCUAUGAGUAGCAAAGGCGGGAACAGUGAGGUGAGCUGA